AUGAUCCGUCGCCAAGUCCGAGAGCGCCGUCAGUACAUCUACACGAAGUCGCUCGAGGCGCAAGAACGCCAGACAUAUGAGCGCAAGCAGAAGCUCAAGGAUGCGCUCGCAAGCGGAAAGGCAUUGCCCACUGAACUCAGGAAAGACGCAGAGAAGCUUGGUCGUGACCUUGCGCUUGAUGAAGCGCAGGCCGAUCCCACAACGCACAUUGAUAAUGAGUACUCUAUGGCCGGUAUCCAAGACCCGAAAAUUAUUGUCACUACCUCGCGCGACCCGAGCUCCAAGUUGCAGCAAUUUGCCAAGGAGAUGCGCCUUGUCUUCCCCAACGCGCAUCGGAUAAAUCGAGGCAAUUAUGUUGUAAAGGAGCUAGCGGAAGCAUGCAGAGCGAACGAUGUAACGGACCUGGUGAUUCUGCAUGAGCACCGAGGGACACCAGACGCCAUGAUUGUUUCACAUUUCCCCCAUGGCCCUACUGUCUUCUUCACCCUCCACAACGUAGCCCUCCGACAUGACAUCAGCACGUACAAGGAGUCGACCGUCUCUGAGCAAUACCCUCAUCUCAUCUUCGAAAACUUCAGUUCGGGACUGGGAGCGCGGAUAAGAGACGUGCUGAAGCAUCUCUUCCCUGUUCCGAAGGAGGACAGCAAGCGGGUCAUGACAUUUUCGAACGAAGAUGACUUCGUUUCCUUCCGACACCAUGUCUUUAUGAAGAUCCCACCACGACAAAUCCAGCUGGCCGAGGUCGGACCGCGAUUCGAGAUGAAACCAUACGAGAUUCGACAAGGAACCAUCGAGCAGACUGAGGCAGAGCGUGAAUGGGUACUGUCACACUACUCAAGAACAGCCAAGAAGCGGUCGCAUUUGACUGGACCCAGUCCGCGUCCCGGUCGGGACGCUGGGUCAGAAUCAGAAUCAAAUCCCAAGAAGAAGGUCAGGCGGUAG